UCUCGAACGGAACGAUCGCCCGAGAAGCAGCCGGAAACCCUCAUUUUCCGUCCGAUUAAUCCGAUGGUCGAAGACUCGAUGACGCAAGAACCCGUGGAGCAACUAGAAAGUUUCGAAUGCGGUUUUCUCUGAAGAUUCUCGCGCGAAAAUUACCCGUAAUUGACGAUCCACUGGAGUGUUAGUGCCCGAUCAAAAAUUGAUUCCAUCGAAUAGUUCUUCGUGCAGCCGAGAUAUUGUUUUCGAUCCUUCGACAGUGAAAAUAUUAACGAGUGAAGGGAUUCGUGGUAUUUAUGUGCACUACAAGGAUGCGUGAUCAAAACGGCGCCGUAUGAGAAUAUUAUAUACGCGCAUGUUUCUAAAUCGAAUCAACGGUAGUAUUAAGUAAUCCGAGGAAUUUCGGUUUAAGAAGAUCGCACGAGUAACACGUUUCGUUCUCGUGUUUCGAGAAUGACAGUGACGUUUCGUCGACGAGUGAUACAUUGAAAUUCUGUGACCAUUGCCGUUUCGCCGUGAAUCGCAGAAGAAACGAAGAGACAACGAGACUCGUGAAAGGGAAAUAUGAAUUUUUUGUGCCGUGCAAUCGCCUACUAUUUUCUAAUUGUUUAUUUAAAGGGUCUACUGCAAACCUUGAAGCUCUAUUCCGGACAUCCGGCGGAUUUGGUAAAGUGCACAGCGGACUUCAACUUCGAUGCGGAGGAGGAGACUGGCUCAGGCGAUAUUAUUCCCGAAUGGACGGACGGUUCGGGGGAUAUUGACCUUAAUAAGAUAGACAUCGGACGAGACGAUGACGAAGACAGAAGCGAGGAAAGCAAUCCACCGCCAUUCAUCACGCCCCCUCCUCCCAAUCCGGACUACAAAGGGCUGAAAGGUGAUAAAGGUGACAAAGGUGACAAGGGUGAGAGCGUUAGAGGACCUCCAGGACCGCCCGGUCCACCAGGACAGGAUGAGGGUCCACCGGGGAAGAAAGGAGACCCCGGCACAUGCUCGUGCAACGCAACAGCUCUAAUGGCGUCGUUUACGAUGCCGAAAAUGAUCCAAGGACCGAAAGGAGAGCCAGGAGUGUCUGGUCAAGAAGGGAAGCAAGGGCAAAUGGGGCUGACGGGAGCUGCAGGACCGCCUGGAGAGAGAGGACUCGAAGGACCAGCUGGCAUUAAAGGAGACAAAGGAGACGUGGGAAUACAGGGACCGGAAGGUCCGCAAGGACAAAAAGGAGAACCGGGUCGCGACGGUAUACAAGGGGAAAAAGGUGCCCAAGGACCUCCUGGUCCGCCAGGAAAAGGUCAAUUCUCCGGAUAUGAUCCCAGCUGGAAACCUCGAGGCAUCUAUGAGACGGAGGGCAUCACAAUGAGGCCAGGUCGACCAGGGCAGAAGGGUGAACCUGGAACGGCGGGAAGUGUAGGACCGAAAGGAAUUCCGGGUAUUCCCGGCUCCAAAGGUGACAAAGGUGACCUAGGACCUAAAGGCGCCAGAGGUGAUCACGGCAAAGAAGGCCUUAGAGGAGUGCAGGGAUUCAAGGGCGAACCCGGCGCGCCGGGAGCACCAGGACUUCCCGGAGCCCCAGGUGAAAAUGGAAGGCCGGCCGAAAAAGGUGACAAAGGUGACACCGGUCCGGAAGGGAAACCAGGUCCUGCAGGAGCUCCUGGACCGCCAGGCUUGCUUGGACUAGGUGUUCCCGGAGAAAUGAAUAUCAGUGAAACAGGGUUCAGAGGUAAAGGCGAGAAGGGCGAGACUGGGGGACGCGGGUACAAAGGCGAUAAGGGUACCAAAGGCGAGAAGGGAGACAAGGGUGACUAUGGUCCGGCCGGAAUUCCCGGCGUGAACGGCAUUCAAGGACCACAGGGCAACAAAGGUGACCCUGGCAAGGAUGGUGUUCCCGGGACGCAGGGUGUCCCUGGCGCGAAAGGCGAGAGGGGUGAGAGAGGUCCUCCUGGCGAGACCGCCAUAGCGAACUCCGCCGGCUACAUCACCGUCAAGGGCCAAAAAGGCGCGGAGGGCAAGAGAGGCAGAAAAGGACGAGCAGGCGACCCGGGGCCAGCAGGUCCUGUGGGACCACCCGGGAAGCCGGGAGUUAUGGGAGAGAUUGGGUUGCCUGGAUGGGUGAACAGUAUGAAAGGCCAUCCUGGUUCUCCCGGACUUCCCGGACCUGUUGGACCAGCAGGACCCAAGGGAGAAAAAGGAGAGCCCGGAACGCCGAGCCCUUACGGAGUUCCCGUCGGUAUAAAAGGCGAGAAGGGAGACAACGGUUUUCCUGGUAUUCCCGGACAAACAGGCAGGGACGGUCAAAGAGGACCUCCAGGACCCCCUGGACAGCCUGGACCGCCUGGACCACCGUCUCAAGGGAAUUACAUUCCAGUUCCAGGGCCGCCAGGUCCUCCAGGACCACCGGGACCAGCCGGAAUGUCUUUGGCUGGCCAGAAAGAGGAAUCGGGAAUCGGCAGAAGUCAUAUUUUCGGUGAAAGGGACUACUACGGCGUUAGGCAAGGGCUCAGAUCUAGUCUGGACGAGUUGUUGGCUCUUCGCGAACUGAAGCAACUGAAACAAUUAAAAGAACACUUAGACACUGCGAACGCUGCAACGAGAGGUCCUGUAGAGAGCACCACGAAAAUAGUACCGGGAGCGGUGACAUUCCAAAAUACGGAGGCCAUGACGAAGAUGUCCGCUGUAAGUCCAGUUGGCACGCUUGCGUACAUCAUCGACGAACAAGCGUUGCUUGUCCGAGUGAACAACGGCUGGCAAUAUAUUGCACUGGGCUCGCUUUUACCUAUAACCACUCCGGCGCCACCAACCACGUCACCGCCCCCGGCAAAUCCACCUUUCGAGGCUUCCAACUUGAUCAACCAGAUACCCGUGAAAGCAGAUGGAACAGGGUGGUACCCUCGAAUGUUACGAAUGGCCGCUUUGAACGAACCGUUCACCGGGGACAUGCACGGUGUGCGGGGAGCCGAUUACGAUUGUUAUCGGCAAGCAAAACGGGCAGGUCUGAGAGGUUCGUUCCGUGCAUUCCUCAGCUCUAGGGUGCAGAACGUCGACAGCAUAGUGAGACUCGGAGAUAGAGACCUACCUAUCGUCAACAUAAAGGGCGACGUCCUUUUCAAUUCUUGGAAGGAAAUGUUCAACGGGAACGGAGCGUACUUUUCGCAGAAUCCUAGAAUCUACAGUUUCAACGGAAAGAAUAUCCUCACUGAUUUCGCAUGGCCGGAGAAGGUGGCAUGGCACGGAUCGCACAAAUUAGGGGACCGAGCAAUGGACACGUAUUGCGACGCUUGGCACUCGAGCAGUUCCGAUCGUUAUGGAUUAGGAUCACCUUUGACGGGUGGACGGCUCCUGGAGCAAGUUCGUUAUUCCUGCGAUAAUAAGUUCGCGCUGCUCUGUAUAGAAGUGACUAGCGAGCCGGCGAGGAGGAGGAGGAGAAGCGUCGAGGCCGCGGUGGACGAGGAAGAAAUGUCGGAGAAUGAUUAUAUAGAGUACUUGGACACGCUGAUGAAAAAUUAAAGCCUACUGAUUCAACCGAACGACAAACAGAAGCGAUUCGCUGGUCGCACCAAAAUGAAUUUCGGGCGGAUCGGUCGGCGAAUCGAAACGAGCUCCAACGGGUUGUUCCUCUAACGGGGGAUAAGAAUUUGACGAUCAUCUCGUUUCGAAAGAAAGAAAAUAAGAAGAAAAGAAAAAGCAGAAAAAAGAAAAAUACUGAAACACGUAAAAUCUAUCUUUAACUCCAAAGGUUAUAAUCCAUAAUCGCGAGUCGUUAGUCAACGCUUCACCACGACUUUCCGUUCUCUUUGUAAGAAACAAGACUGAUCGUCAGUAGACAUCGUUCAUCAGUGUGUCGUAUACCGAUCGCUCGCAUUCUUGGUCCGUCGGGGAUUAUUUGCCUGCGAACACUCGGACGUCCCGAUCCCAGGGCGUCAUUUAAGGGUCUCCGCGUCGCGAUAAACGUCCAGUCACUUUAGAGACUACUGUCGCGAGAUAAGAUUCUUGAAGUCGCGACAAGGAUCCCCGUCGGAAGUCAUAAUUUUACUUUUAAGGGGAACGAGAGGGAAGAAACGGAGGAGUUGAAUAAAGAAUCGCAAACGUACUAACUUAAACUAAUGGCUGUCCUACGACCUAAAAUAACAAACGAAGAUCAUAUCCGCGAUCGAAUUGCAUUUACACUUUAGCCAGUUACUUACAUAUGAGUGUGUAUGUUAGAUGUAAGGAACGAGUUGAUUAACAAAAGAAGAGAAAAUAAAGAAAGAAAGAAGAAAAUAACGAUUCCGCAAGACCAUUCUGUUUCGUGAGCGCAAGGAAUCCGGAUUUAUGCUCCUUGUACAAUUUUCCAUACGACGCGUCGCGAUGCGCGGAACGCUUCUAAAAAUGUGGUAGGUUAUUUCGAGGACAGAUCGCGUAAGUGGAAAAUACUUUGCAUUGUUUUUUGUACGCAUAAUCACAAGCAGAUUAUAGUUUCCGGUUGGUCAAAUCGCUUUUCGUUCAGACGUCUUUUCUCUCAUGCCAGUGUGAACGCACGAAAGAAUUAACCCUUUCACGACUAACGGAACGAUAAAUUCAGUUUUCGAAGAAUAUUUCGGUGACAUUCAUUUUUAUUUUCGACGGAAUAAUUGUUGCAUGCUUUUUAAAAAACAGUUCGCCUUGGAAGGGUUAGAUGAGUUACGUGCAGAUAAAGUGACCCAAUCCCUCCCAUUAUUAGAUUUUAUUGAAAGUGAAGGUAAGGUGAGUCAGCGAACCACCGUGAUAACAAGAUAUCUAAGUUUUACUUAAGAUAUAUCUAUAACUGUACAAGACUGAAUUACAUACAACUGUUAGUCCUCUUUCAGUAAUAGUUUUAUCCAUCUCGGGAAAUGUCACUUUUAUCGUUAUUUCAGAAAUCGAAGUAUUUUCUUAAAAC